AUGAAAUUCUCAAUUCAAGCCAACCUCUCUUUCUUGGUACUCCUUUGUGUUAUAAACUUGCAAUCUCCAUGGACACAAACCACUACCCAUCUUUUACUCAUUUCCCUAGUUUCCCUCUUACCUUUUGUCCUAAGGUACUGGUUGGUCCCGGGAGGCUUUGCAUGGAGAAACUACUACGACCCAACAAAACUCCACGGUCCUUCCGGUUGGCCGGUUCUCGGCACCUUGCCCGAGAUGGGUUCACUCGCCCAUCGAAAACUGGCCAACACGGCUGUCCGAAUGGGUGCCACUCGGCUCAUGGCGUUUAGCCUAGGCACCGUGCCUGUCGUCAUCAGUAGCCACCCUGACACUGCUAAACAGAUUCUGAGUGGGCCGGCCUUUUCAGACCGGCCCGUUAAGAUCUCAGCACGUGUGUUGAUGUUCGAGCGUGCCAUUGGGUUCGCUCCCUCGGGCGGGACCUACUGGCGGCACCUGCGCAGGAUCGCCGCCCUCCACAUGUUCUCCCCCAGGAAGUUGUCCGAGCUGGAGCCACUCCGCCAGAGGAUCGCCGAUGAAAUGAUUGUGGGGAUCGAGGCACGACGAGGUGGAGCCGUCGUUUUGAGGGAGGUUUUGCAAAAGGGUUCUUUGGAUAAUGUGUUGGAGAGUGUGUUUGGGAAUGUUGAGGGAGUUUUGGAGCCGAGGGAGGAGUUAGGGUCGAUGGUGAAAGAAGGGUUUGAGUUGAUUGAGAAAUUUAACAUGGAAGAUUACUUUCCGGCGGUUAAAUUUUUGGACUUUUUUGGAGUGAAACGACGGUGUUUUAAGCUAACAGAGAAGGUUAACAUUGUCUUGGGUCGAAUCAUCAGGGAAAGGAGGAAGAUAGCGGUUGGACCUGAGUCAACCAUCAAGGAAAACCAUCGUGACUUCCUCAGUGCUUUGCUCUCUUUGCCUGAGCACGAGCAGCUUAGGGAGUCGGAUAUGGUGCCAAUUUUGUGGGAAAUGGUGUUUCGGGGGACAGACACUGUGGCAAUACUUCUUGAGUGGAUCAUGGCUAGAAUGGUGUUGCACCCAGAAAUCCAAGCCAAAGCCCAGCAAGAGCUCGACGCUAAAGUCGGCCGAGGAAGGCAAGUUCAGGAUUCCGACAUCCUGAACCUUCCUUACCUCCAAGCAAUCGUCAAGGAGGUCCUGCGACUCCAUCCUCCGGGCCCACUCCUAUCGUGGGCUCGCCUCGCGAUUCAUGAUGUUCACGUGGACAAGACCUUCAUCCCAGCUGGCACUACCGCCAUGGUCAACAUGUGGGCCAUAACUCACGACCCUACCUUGUGGGCGGACCCAUGGGAAUUCAAACCAGAACGGUUCAUCGAGCUGGAUGUAUCCAUAAUGGGCUCCGACCUGAGGCUCGCCCCGUUCGGAUCCGGCCGGAGGGUCUGCCCUGGAAAAGCGCUAGGUCUGACCACAGUUCAGCUAUGGCUCGCCCGAUUUCUGCAUCAAUUCGAGUGGCUACCUACCGACCAAUCUGUGAACCUAUCUGAACGUCUAAAGCUGUCAAUGGAGAUGAAACGACCGUUAAUUUGUUACGUCGCAGAGCGAGCGAACUUGCCAACGCCAUAAGUGAAACGACAUUGGUCAUUAUUCGUAUGGACGUUGUGUUAAUAAGUGGAUUGGUAUUUUUACUACUAUUAAUUAGUGUUGUGAUUGUAAAUUUUUCCCGAGUGCUAGUAUUCGGUUGAUUGUAAUAUUGUCUAAUGGACUAUGGUCCAUGGUUGGUGUAAUUAUGGGGACCAAAAAAGUUGUUGCUGGUCGUGUGCUCUUACAAUUAGUUUUUAUGGAUGAUUCCAUCAAAACGUCAUAAAUCAUAUCAUUAUUAUCGUUGUUGGUUUA